UUGGUGAGUGGCUUUGCUAGGAAAAAACUGGAAAUAGUUUCGAUUUCUCAAGAACUUUGCCACGUAAAAAUGGAAUUUUUUGUACAAAAUUAAAGUACUUAACACUUCUUACUGUAAAAUGUCAGAAAUUGUAUUUUUUUUGAUCUCAAAUUCAAAGUGCAGUAAAAAAUCUCGGAUAUGAUUCUGAUAAAAAACCAGAUUCCUCCUUCGUAAUUAAUUAAAAUUUUCAGAAAAUGGACAAUUUAGCAAAUUCUACAUAUAGCAAAAACUAUAAUAAUAAAAAUGAAAAAGUGAAUCAAAAUCUUUGCCAAGUUCGUCAAAUUCUUCUUCGUCAAAAAAACGCGAAAAAUACUCGAAAACCAACUUUUUGUCAACUUCCUGAUAUUCCACCACCAAUUAUCAGAUGUCCCGGAGAUUUGAGAAAACAAGACGAAUUUAUAAUGAGAAUUAGGAAAAUGGAAAUGUAGGUUGACUUAUUUUGAAAUUAGGUGUAAAGAAAAUGAUUUCAGAGAAUUUCCGGAAAGUCGAUUUUGUGUUGUUCGGCCACCGACUAAAUCCGAAACUUUUUACACACCAAUAACAAAUGAAUCAACAUCUUCCCAAGAAUCUGAAUUACCAUUGGUAAGUCUAAAAUUUUCUGACAAGUACAAAAAAAUAUAUAAUUUUUUCUCUCUAGAAAUUCUACUCGACUGAUGGAAAAAUGAAAAUGUUGCUCACAAAAAAUCCUGACAAUCGAAAAAGACCUCAAAAAUUGGAAUUUCCAACAAUUCCCGAACAAUUGAGAAGUUCAAAGAUCAACAAUUGUCGAAGAAAUAAAUUCAAUGCGGUUUUGAAUCUUGGUCAAAUGUCAAUGGAUAUUUCGGGCAGUUUUAGUGGAGGCAAAUUGAUUGGUGAAAAUGUGGAGAAACUUGUGAUUAAUGGUACUUCUUUUGCAGUUGGAAAACAAUAAAUUUGAUUUUCAUAAAAUCUUGAACUCUUCAUUUUUGAGUGAGGUUACUGUAGAUCAAAAAAGGGAAUGGGAUUACUGUAGGUAUCGAGAAUACGGUCAUAUUGACCCCAAACAUAGCUACUGUAGAUUUUCUUUUUGUGCAGACCUGUGCCGGAAAUUCUCCAGUUUUUCACGGAAAAUUCAAUUUUCCAAUUUUCCAGAAAAUCCGGAAAGUGAUUUUUCUUGGUGAAAUCUUCAAGAUAAUCCAAUUUUGUGAAAAUGUUUUCAAAGUCCCACAAAAAACCUGAAUUUUCGAAAAAGGUUUCUGAGAUUUUAUUUUGAAAAUUUUUAGAUUUCUGGAGCUGAAAACGUCUCAAACAGUUACUAAAUCUUCUGAAAAUGGACAAAUCCCAGUAAAAAACAAGUUUUACAGUGAAAUUUGGUGCUGAAAUUCGACCUAAAAAAAUAAUACAUCAUCAUUGUGUGAUGUUGGAUUUUUAAAAAAUCAAAAUUUGUGAAAUUUCAAAAAAAAAAUGUUUACGUAAAAAUUUUUGAAAAAAAUUGCGUGACCUAAAAAAUUGAUCAGAAUUGGUAUGAUGUGGACACGAUGUGGUCAUUUCGGAAUUCUAUUUUCUAUUUGGUUCCAGUUGUGAAUCCAGUCUGGUAAGUGAAAAAUUAUAAGUCAAUUAGGAAAGUAAUUAGUCAAAUAGGAAAUUGGUAAGCUAAGUUAGAAAAGUGUUAUCAUAAUAUUGAAUGAUUAGGUGAUAAAAUAACAUUUUGCCCACUAGAACAUCUUUAUUCAGUUUUUCAAAAACAAAAAAUAAAACUGACAAAAUUAUAACGAUCGAUGUUCGUCACUUCAAAUUUUAGGCAAAGAAAUGAGCAGAACUAGGUCACGUUUUAAUUUUUCCAAAAAUAUUUUCCAAAAUAUAAAAUGUAUGAAUCCAGUGCCCAGAAAAUUUCAUACUAGAAUUUUAUGAAAAUUGUUUUACAGAGAUGGCAAAUUUGCACGAAAUCUUAUUGCAAAAUACUCCGGAUGAUUUGACUGUGAGCGGUCCUGGCACUUAUCAACAACUGCAAGUGGGAGUACCCGUCUGGAUUAUAAUAAAAUCUCCCUCAAAUGGCCUGAAGAAUUUAUCAGUCAAAAUAUAUGACAGUAAGUGAAAAAUUAUCCUUGUUUUCAAGCGUAUAUGAAUGUUUGGUAAAUAUUAACAUAAUCACAAUUUUUCAGAAGUCACCAAAAAGAAGUUGGUUAGCUCACAGGAGUUUCUGCCGAAACAAAAUGCCGCAGUCGUUUUCUUCAUCCCGACAAAUAACACAACUCUCAAUAUUGUGGUGUCAGAUGGGAAUCGCACGAUACAAUAUGUGUCACAAGUUCAGGUUUGUUCAAUAAUAGUAAUAGUUCUUAGCUAUUUUUUUAAAUGAUCCUUCUUGUGUAUGUAUCUGUUUCAGAAACAAACUAUCUGAGAAAAACUCAAGUUUGGAUUAUAAUUGUGAAUCUGUUGUAUUAUCACAAAAUGGAUUGAACGAAACACUCGGCCAAUUAUCUGCCAUCUUGUCAAACGUGAGUCGUUGAACUAUUUUAUGAAAUAACGACAGAAAAAGGAUGCAGCUGAUUUGUAGCUUAACGGUCUCUUUUGAUUAUAUGAUUCAAUCUGUCAACAUGUUUGAUUUUUAUUUUUCAAUCUUACCAUUUCACGAAUGAGUUAUCUGAAAUAGUGAACGAUUAAGUGUGACAAAAACAUUGUGAUAAAUUCGAAAUUUUGGAACUAUUUAGAUUUAAUAUUCUAAUAAUGAAUGUGUUUUCAGACAAAACCAACAAAUCAGUUGGAUAUUGAAUCGAAACGUGAAAAACACUCCAGAAGAUUUGACUGCGAGUUAACCUGGGGUCUAUCAACAACUGCAAGUCGGAGUUCAAGUAUGGAUUAUAAUUGUGGAUCGGUUGUAUUAUCAAGUAUGGAUAACAUCAGACCGUUGUCGGAGUACACGGAAUAA